AUGACAGACCUCGCAGGCGUCAAAUUUGUUGCUGACCGGCCACGUCGUCAGAACAGAUCUUGCGAUCAGUGUCGAAGCUCUAAGCGUCGCUGUCUGGUUACUUCUCCAGCAAGUGAGAAUGCACCAGCAAUUUGCGCUAACUGUGCCCGCCUGGGCCACGACUGCACUUUCAAAUUUGCCCAAGCGCAAUCGAACAGAUCAUCAAGACGGUCGAAGACACAAAAGCCCGGCGCUGCUGAUACAGACUGGUUCUUGGGCGCGAGCCUCGACGGUGACACUGUUGUUCCAACGACCAUGAUGGAAUUGGGAAAUGACCUUCCAGGAACAUGGCCAGAGGUCUCACCCCCGAAUGGAUUGGACUUCUUCUUGAGUGAAUUCUGCCUGACUCCGGGGCCGCUUGACAUUGGCCUUCCGCAGACUCCCAAGCCGAAUCAGGCCUCCCAGCUUGAAGGGCAGAACAACUUAGACCAACAUCCCUUCACGGGUGGUCGCAUUCAGAACGAUAUCAACACCCCUCUAUGCGAUGCGUUCAACAAGCCACUACAUCUACUCAAUUCUUCUUUGACGGGCAAGAUCAUUGAGGAAAAUCUAGCACAAAUUUACAAUGUCAUCGUCUCAGGCAAUGCUUUGAGAUGGCUACCAAGCAUUGUCCCGGGAAAACAGAAGCACGUGGCCUGUGAAAAUGACUCUUGGUUGAUUACCGCUCCAGAUGCGCCACCACUGAGCAACUUCGUCGAAGGGUUGAUCGAUCCCCAGUCCCUACCGAAGCCGCCCUCUGCCGGCCACUUGUUGCAACAGUCAAGUACUGUUCCACAUAUGAAGACUUUUGAGGAUGGAAUGACUCUCCUUGGUGCGGUACGUUUCUUGGAUCAUUUCGGUGGACUAUAUGGAAAUCACCUUGGUCGUUUUGCGAGAAAGGCUUCAGACUCAGCGUUGAAGGAAGUCCUCAAAGCCUACUCCAUGCAAUGGCUUCCAGCCCGGGAUGGCACCCUUACAGGAACGACGUCAUCCCAUACACAUUUGGCGGAUGCCAGGAUUUCAACCACAUCCUCAAUCUCUAGUCUCUAUCACGAAACGUGGGUCCAUGCCAGAGACUCUUUGAAUAGUGCACGGAAUGUUCGGAGUUUUCGAGUCUUUUAUGCAAUACUCAUUUUUGAAGCGGCGACGGCUCCAGAAGAGUCGCACGACUGGUAUUUCCAGAUAUCAUCAUUUCUCGACGAUGCCUUUGAUAUCCUUCGGGCCCUCGGCCCUCUCGUCAGACGACAUAUCAAAGCUUUAGGGCCGUCUUCGCUGUACAGCUCAGCUUUGGAGAAAAGCCUUAAAUUCAUGGAACAUUUUGGAUACCUUCGGGAUACCGUGAGUUCGCUUGUGGGCGACCGUCGCUGCAAAUUACCCGAUGACUUCAUCUCACAAAUGCCGUCUACCGCAUUGGGUGAGGCCGGUUGUUCAACAGCAGCAGACGUGGUUCGUAAAUUCAACCGUCAACAUCUCUACGAACUUCUGUCCACAUUGAGACAAUUCCUUCGCGUGAAGACGGCACUCGUCGAUGUCGGGCAGACAGUCUGUGGACACCCUGAAGAACGAUCACAGAUGCUCUUGCAAGGACUCGAAGCCAUGGAGAAUAUGGAAAAGAUCAUGAAUCCUCUAAUUGGUAUAUCUGUGGAAAACUUCAAUGCACUCCAGGCAGAAUCCAAGGUCCAGCUUCUCACUUUGAGUGCCUUACGGAGCCUUGGGCUCUCAAGACUGGCGAAAAUUCCAGCAACAACGUCCGAGGGCGGCGCAGACGUCACUUCAAUUGAAAUUGAAUGGUCCUCCAAACUGUACUCCUACCAACAGGAUGCAGCGUCAGAUUUGAGCCAACUCAUGCGACAAGUCCAAGCUCAGCCGUCGUUAGAGAUGUUCAACUUAUACCAUGGCCUCAGUGCAGACAUUCCCCUUACUGGCUAUCACAUCACCACUGAAUUGAUGGUGAUAUCUCUUCAGCAAGCGAUUGAGCAACUGAUUAAUCUUCACGAAACUUCGGCCCACAAAUCGUGGCGACCGGAAGGUUUUAGCCUUAACCUCACCGAGGAAGACAGAUGGGGAGACUGUAUUGACUACCUAAUGAAGGGGCUGCUGCUUCUAGAUGUAACAGUUGGCGGAUCUUGGUCUGUUCAGUGUGCCUCCCAGAAACUAAUAACAUCCUACGGUGACAUCUUAUCCGAUUGCUGGUCGACAGAUUUUGAGACAUGA